CACGCCAUUGUUUAAAUCAUGAAACUGAAUACAUCACUUGGUGUAUGGACUUUCGCUCUUUUUUUCGUGAGAAUAACUUGUUUACAAUCAUGCAAGCCCUUUCAGGUAAAGCCCGAACAUCUCAACAAGCAACUACUUGGUUAUAAACUUUUUGACAUGAUUGUCAUAUCACAUCGCGAAUGUGCAAAAGAAUGCAUGUUACUGGGAGCUUGUGUGUCUAUCAAUUUCAUAACAAGUACCAAAACUUGCGAAUUCAACUCAGCAGGGAGUGAGACAGUUCCUUCGUCAGACUUCAAUAAAACAAAAGGAAUAAUUUUUUCUGAUAUUUCCGAAUGGCCAAAGGCCAUGGUUAGCGGUUGUGCCAACAAUCAAUGCGACAAAACUCAGCGUUGUCUCCCCCUUGGCUCUGACUCGUAUAAAUGCGAAAACAUCACGUGCAAAAUUCCACAAAAUGCCGAUCAAAGAGUUGAGGAACAUACCACGGUCAUUGCUGGCACUGUCCGUUCAUACGAGUUCGCUUGUCCAAAUAAUAUGUUUCUAAGUGGUGACAAGGACAUAACGUGCAAUGUGAAUGGUGAAUGGACUGAAUCAAAGGCUACUUGCCAACUUAAAGUAUCAACAAUUGGAAAGGCGUGUUUACAUACAUCUGAUUGCAAUGAGUCAGGUGCACUGUGCAAAGAACGACUAUGUUACUGUAGCCAUUUCUUUAGAUACGACGUCGAGACCAGGAAUUGUACCAAAGUUUGCAGCGCCAUGAACAAAACUUUCUCCGUCACGGAAGGUAUAAGAAUAUACAGCCGUGAUGAUCGUGGAUAUGGCUAUGUGGCCUCUGGUGAUGAAUGCUCUAGGUUGUGUUCUGAAGAUGAAGAUUGUCUGUCCUAUGAAGUUUAUGUCAACAGUAUUGGGGUUUACUGCAGGAGAAGCUCAUUUACAAAACAAAUGGUAAAAGAUGUAAUCCCCGAGGAUAUUAGAUCCGACGACUCCUGUAUAUUGUACGAGAAAAAAUGCUUCUAA